UGUUAGGGAGGCGGGCUUCACGAGGCAAAGCCUCCUCUAAUUGGUUGCCCUUUAGGAGAGGUUGACUUCGAUUGACUGGUGUAAAGGGUGUCGAGGAAAGUUUGCCAUUUGGGCGCGAGAUUUGAACAUCCAUUUUCUGUUUCAGGCUAUCCGGGGGAGGACACAGACCCCGCCCCCUUUGCCCUGUUGACGUGUCGCCGGUUGCCAUGGAGACUGCGCUGUUUACCUCCCAGUUCUGCAAGAGCCCGGAGCUCCAGUUGGGGUAAGGAGAUCCCAUCCUGAAACUAUCGUAGUACUUUGUGGUGCUGAGGACAUUGGAAACCUCAAAUGGCCAAAUUACUGCAACCUCCGCCCAAGUUCUUGCCCUCAGAGUGGCACAUUGCUAACAAGAACCACUACCACCGAGCAGAGGCCCAAAGGUCACGCUCCGAACGCCUGGUGGCAGAAAGUCAGAGGCUUGUGGAUGAAAUCGAAAAGACCACAAGAAAAUCUCAAAGCGAUGUGAACAAGAAACUAGAACAGAGGCUUGAGGAAGUCAGGUUCUGGAAGAAGGAGUUAGAUGACAAACUCGAGCAGCUGGUGUCCGCAACCGAAGACCUGCUCAUAUAUCAGACCAGAUUGGAGAAAGCGCUCGAAAGCCUUAAAGAGCCCCUGCACAUCACUGAGAAGUGUCUGGAAUACAGGGAGAAGCGAGUUGGCAUCGACCUGGUGCGUGAUGAAGUGGAGCAGGAGCUGAUCAAGGAGGCCGAGGUCAUCCAGGGGGUGAGGGCACUGCUGACGCGCACCCUGGAGGAGACGGCCGAGCAGAUCAGGCUGAACCGCUCUGCCAAGUACAGUCUUGAGAAGGACCUGAGGGACAAGUUCACGGCCCUGACCAUUGACGAUAUCUGCUUCUCACUCAAUAACAACUCACCCAACAUCCGCUAUUCUGAGAACGCUGUGAGGAUUGAACCGAACUCUGUGAGCCUGGAGGACUGGCUGGACUUCUCCAGCACCAACGUGGAGAAGGCUGACAGGCAGAGGAACAACUCGAUGACACUGAAGGCCCUGGUGGACCGCAUCUUGUCCCAGACGGCCAGCGACCUGCAAAGGCAGUGUGACGUGGUGGACACCGCGUUCAGGAAUGGGCUGAAGGAGACCAAGGAUGCCAGGGACAAGCUGGCUGCUCAUCUGGCCAAGGUCAUGGAAGAGAUUGCCUCCCAGGAAAAGAACAUGACUGUUCUUGAAAAAGCCAUCCUUGAUCAAGAGGGGCCUGCCAAGGUGGCUCACACUCGCCUGGAGACCAGGACCCAUCGGCCCAACGUGGAGCUGUGUCGCGAUGUGGCACAGUAUAGGCUCAUCAAGGAGGUUGAUGAGAUCGCUUACAACGUUGCAAGGUUAAAGGAAACGCUGGCGCAGGCUCAAGCAGAGCUGAAAGGCCUGAAUCGCAGGCAGCUCGCCCUGCAGGAGGAGAUCCAGGUCAAGGAGAACAGCAUCUACAUCGACGAGGUGCUGUGCGUCCACAUGCGGCGGUCCAUCCCUCCGCGCGACGGGGACGACCGCGGGCAGUGGGCCGGGGGGCUCCGGCCCGACGCUGUCUGCUGAAAGCAGGAUGCCCACCAAGCCAUUCCCAUUAAACCGCGUCCUGAACCAGGAGCGCAGAACUCUCCUUUCAGGUUCCCGCCAGAAACUCUGGGCGGGGGUUCCCAAGCCCGAGCUGUGGGUGCAAGGCUCUAUCCUGCUGCUGCUGCUGCUGCUGCUGCAGUGGCCGUUGAACAGGUAACCCCAUGAAUUAGCACGGGCCAGUCUUGUAUCAAUGGACUUCAGGCCUGGGGGAGGGGCCCAAGACUUUUUCGUUCCGAUUCAUUUCAAUUCGGGAGUUGGGCGGGACCCCCCUAUUCGGACCAACGCCCACCUUACCCACAAGAGGGCGUGCGAACGCCUCUCCUGGUCCCAAGAUUCCCUUCCCUGGAAAACAGCGCAGCGGUGGCUGCUUUAGACCCCCUCCGGUCGCGGGAAGCAAGUUCAGGUCAUAGGGAACUUAGAAGAGAGAGAAGCCGCCCUGGGUCAGGAGUCCCCUGAAGUCUUCCCAGCACCUGCAGGCGUCUCUCUGGGCCCCGUUCUCGCGGCUGAAACAGGUAGGCUGCGACCCGGGGCCCUUUACCGGAAUGCCUGCUCCUCGGCAAAGGUUUCCUUGAGCAACGGAAAACAGUGAAGCUAUAAGGGGCUAAAAAUAACAGCACGUAGGCAGAGUCGCGGCAAUUAUGAAUGAUACGGUACAGAAAGGCCACAAACCAAGUGCCACGUCUGAGGUGCCAGGAGCAAAAACAGGGUACUGUGAGUGAUCCCCAAACAGCACACCACCAAGGGGGUAGGCAGACCGCCUAAGCCGCCCCUCUGGCCCAACCUAUGAACCCACCCCUGUUCUCAUCCUCAUUUAAGGAACCAGCUGGUGCCCCCUGUGGGGAGUGAGCAAAGGCACCUGUUACUUGUUUUCACUCCUGCUGCUGGUCGGGUCCCAAUAAAGCCUUGCCUGGAUA